AGAACGCCCCCUCCGCCGGUUGGGCCGGGUCGGUAACAUGCUGCGGAUUUCUGCUUUGCGGCUUCCAGGACGCACGCUGGCCAGUAGGCUCUCGCUCCUGGAGUACUUUGGCCCGCGCCUCUACAGUUCGGACCCUCUGGGUGCCCGCGACGAUGCCCACGAUGCGCGUGCCUACUUCACAACACCCAUUUUCUAUGUGAACGCGGCGCCUCACAUUGGACACCUGUACUCAGCGCUCCUGGCAGACGCUCUGUGCCGCCACCGUCGCCUCCGAGUUCCCACCGCCGCCGCCACGCGGUUCUCCACCGGUACAGACGAGCACGGCCUGAAGAUUCAGCAGGCAGCCACCGCUGCGGGCCUGGCCCCGGCUGAGCUGUGCGACCGGGUCUCGGGCCAGUUCCAGCAGCUUUUCCAGGAUGCUGGCAUCUCCUCCACCGACUUCAUCCGCACCACCGAGGCCCGGCAUCGGAGGGCGGUGCAGCACUUCUGGGGAGAGCUGGAGGCUCGGGGUCUGCUCUACAAGGGGCUUUAUGAGGGUUGGUAUUGCGCCAACGACGAGUGCUUCCUGCCUGAGACCAAGGUCAGCCAGCAGCCGGGCCCGUCGGGGGAUUCGUGUCCUGUAUCUCUCGAGAGCGGGCAUCCCGUCUCUUGGACCAAGGAAGAAAACUAUAUUUUCAGGCUUUCCCAUUUCCGGGAGCCACUCCAGCGGUGGCUGCGGGACAACCCUCAGGUGAUCACCCCCGAGCCAUUCCAUCACACAGUCCUUCAGUGGCUGGAGGAGGAGCUGCCAGACCUGUCAGUCUCUCGCAGGAGUAGCCACUUGCACUGGGGCAUUCCGGUGCCCGGGGACGAUUCGCAGACCAUCUAUGUAUGGCUGGAUGCCUUGGUCAACUACCUUACUGUAAUUGGCUACCCAAAUGCUGAGUUCAAGUCAUGGUGGCCGACCACCUCUCAUAUCAUAGGCAAGGACAUUCUCAAAUUCCAUGCUAUCUAUUGGCCUGCCCUCCUCUUAGGGGCCGGCAUGAGCCCACCACACCGCAUUUAUGUCCACUCCCACUGGACAGUCUGUGGCCAAAAGAUGUCUAAGAGCUUGGGCAACGUGGUGGAUCCCAGAACUUGCCUUGACCGCUAUACUGUGGAUGGCUUCCGCUACUUUCUCCUUCGUCAGGGUGUCCCCAACUGGGACUGUGAUUACUAUGAUGAAAAGGUGAUUAAGUUGCUAGACUCUGAGCUGGCAGAUGCUUUGGGGGGUCUCUUGAACCGAUGCACUGCCAGUAAAAUAAAUCCUUCAGGGACCUAUCCGGUCUUCUGCACUACCUGCUUUCCUAGUGAGCCAGGGUUGGCGGGACCAUCAGUUCGUGCUCGGGCAGAGGACUAUGCUCUGGUCAGUGCAGUGGCCACUUUGCCGAGGCAGGUAGCAGACCACUAUGCUAACUUUCAGAUCUAUAAGGCUCUGGAGGCAGUGUCUAGCUGUGUGCGGCAAACUAAUGGCUUUGUCCAAAGGCAUGCACCAUGGAAGUUGAACUGGGAGAGCCCAGCUGAUGCUCCCUGGCUGGGUACUGUUCUUCAUGUGGCCUUGGAAUGUUUGCGAGUCUUUGGAACUUUGCUCCAGCCUGUAACCCCAAGCCUUGCUGACAAGCUGCUGUCCAGGUUGGGGGUCUCUGCCACAGAGAGAGGCCUUGGAGAGCUCUAUUUCUUGCCUCGAUUCUACGGUCAUCCUUGCCCUUUUGAAGGGAGGAGGCUGGGACCUGAAACUGGGCUCUUGUUUCCACGCCUGGACCAGUCCAGGGCCUGGUUGGUGAAAGCCCAUAGGACCUAGAAACUCACUCUUAUGGUUUAUGGCUUGUGGUGAAAAAGCAAAUUUGUCAUUUUCUUAUUUUGCAUUUUCAGGAAAGUUAUGUUAAUGUUUUCUAAAGUGUUGCAUCAAAUGAGCAUAUAAGCAGUGUCCUGUGAAAAGAGAUUUAUAACCUCCAGGUGAAUAUGAAGGGAGAA